UGAGUGGUUGAAAAAGAUCUCAUCUCACAGCUUCACUCACAUUAUUAAAAAACAAGAGUUUGGAUGUGGGAUCGUACACUUUGACACACACAAAGAUGCGAGUACUUUCCUGCACGCGAUGAAAAAUAAAUUAUUUAAUAUUUCUGAAGAUAAAGCGAUUAGAUUCUCUGAAGCCUACAAAUUUGGCACAAAAGAAUUCAUAGAAUAUGAAAAGAUACCCGAAGAGCGGUCAAAGAGAAAAGUUGUGAUAGAUGUGGUAGAUGAUGAUAAUGACGCACACAAG